AUGCAGAUUCGCUCGCGGAGAUCACACAAUAAAUCCCGCGCAGGAUGUCAGAAUUGUAAAAAACGGCGUGUCAAGUGUGAUGAGAAAAAGCCACAUUGUACAAAAUGUGUGCGACACUCGAUCGAAUGUGAUUUUGCUUCCCCAGCCGCCUCGACCUCCCCCGAUCCAACCCGCCGAUUCCGGUUUCGACCAUCCAAAUAUCAACCCGGUUCAAGAACAUCAUCACCCAGCACCCGCACAGAAGCUGUAACAAGCUCAGCUGCAUCCGCAUCCACUGGAGUGCAAUGUGAUCUCGCUGGAAGUGCCCUGUCCGGUGGCAUCUCGUUUGCCGACCUGAAGCUCUAUCACCAUUUUGUGACCUCAACCUACAAAACUCUUGCAGACGAGGAAAUGGACCACAAACGCGUCUGGUCCCAUCACGUUCCACAAUGGGGCAUCUCGUUCCCCUCUAUCAUGCAUCUAAUUCUGGCGUUGUCGGCGCUGCAUUUGGCGCAUGAAGAUCCCGCUUCGCGCACGCAGUUCAUCGCUCAAGCUGACGAUCACUUCACUUUUGGGGUCCGAUCGGUAUCUGCUGUACUGUGCCUUCUGAAUACGGAAAAUUGUCAGCUCAUCUACAUGUCUGCGGCCCUCAUCUGCCUGGUGUAUUUCGGUCGCGGGCCCCGUCGCGGCGAAUAUCUGGUGUUUAGUGACAUCGGCCGAUCCGAGUGGCUCAUCUUGUUGCAUGGCGUGCAUUCUAUUCUAUCGCAAAAUCAUGAUCGCGUCUUCACCGGUGUUCUAGAACCGAUUCCGGACGAUAGUAUCGGCGGUGUGAGUGAUGAGUUGCAGGCAGAACUGGACCAGCAUCUGCAACAGGUCCAACAAGUCCAGGCUUUUAUCAUGUCUCAUGUGACCGAUGAAACGUCCCGAAGCUUGUUCGCAGCUGCCAUAAAUGAUCUACUCUCGGCAUUCGAGGAAGUGUAUAAGAUGCGCAGCGCUGGGAAGGAUGGCAUCUGCCUGAUGCAUCUGGUGGUGGGGUGGGUGUACCGUCUACGGGCGGAGAUGAUCUCUCUUUUGGAGCAGAAGGACCGAUACGCAUUGAUUCUCUUUGGGCAUUGGAGUAUCUUGUUGGUGUAUCAGCGGUCGUCGUGGCUAAUGCAGGGAUGGGAUGCGCAUGUGCUGCAUGGAGUGCGCACAUCCUUGGGAGAGGAAGACCAGCAAUGGCUUGCGUGGCCGAUCCAGGUGAUUGAAGGGGGAGUACCUACACAUAGCACUUCCAUACUGUAA